AGACAAGCAGCAGACUGGGACUCUGAUAGCAGCCAUGUUCAGAAACAAAGAGGAGGAGAGGGACCCAAACGUCACCACUGUCAACACUGUGACAAAUCCUUCACAACAUCUGGAUAUUUAAAGAUUCAUCAGAGAGUUCACACUGGAGAGAAUCUACACAGCUGUGAUCAAUGUGGGGCAGCUUUCACACUACAGAGUCGCCUAAAAAACCAUCAACGCAUUCACACUGGAGAGAAGCAGUACAGCUGUGAUCAAUGUGGGGCAGCUUUCACACGACAUAGUAACCUAAAAAGACAUCAACACAUUCACACUGGAGAGAAGCCGUACAGCUGUGAUCAAUGUAGGGCAGCUUUCACACGACAGAGUGACCUAAAAAAACAUCAAGGCAUUCAUACUGGACAGAAUCUUCACAGUUGUGAUCAAUGUGGGGCGGCUUUCACACACCAGAGUAACCUAAAAAUACAUCAACUCAUUCACACUGGAGAGAAACCGUACAGCUGUGAUCAAUGUGGGAAAACUUUUUCUAAUAAUAGUAAACUUAAAAACCAUCAGCGCAUUCACACGGGAGUGAAGCCGUACUGGUGUAAUCAAUGUGGGAAAACGUUUUCUGAGAGUGGUAGCCUUAAAAAACACCGACGUGUUCACACUGGAGAGAAGCCAUACUGGUGUGAACAAUGUGGGAAAAUGUUUUCUGAGAGUGGUAACCUUAAAAAACACCAGCUCAUUCACACUGCCUCGUAGUGAACAUGUUUCAGAGCCAAGCUGUUUCCUCCUGCCUCCUCCUCAUGCCCUGAUAGCUGUGUUGUUAUAUUCUGAUCUUCUCUCCGCAUUGAAGGCUGACCAAUUAAAAAAUCCCAUCACGGUUUACUAAGGUGAUGUAAAAUUGCUGAAAUAUUUAGUUUAUUAUCCCUUAAGACAAACAAAAGAAGCAAACAUUCAUAACUGAGAAGCUUUAAUCAGAACAUGUCUGCUGCUGCUGCUUAAAAAAUGACUUGAACAGUUAAUCUGUUUAAACUGUGUCUGUGCCGCCGCCAUCUUGAGACAGACAGCUGAUCUUAAAGACUCAGAAAAAGAUUUUUGUACUGCUUUUGGAUGUUCAUGUGAAAUAAAUGAUAAACUAAGCAACAUGGAAUAACAUUUCACAGAUGAAAAAUAUGUUUUACAAUAUUUAACUAUUACGGAAUCGUUGAAUUUAAUAUCACAAAAGGUAACAUUAAUCCUUCAUUUAAGCUAACAAUAAGUUAAGUGACUGUCCUGAUACUGAAUGCUAAUGCUAGCUUGUGUCAGGUAAAGUAUUUGUUAUUUCAGUAAUUAGUAAUACCUCAGCUGAGUGUGUUACUGAACAGUUUCUUUAAUUGUGUAUAGACCAGCUGGUUGUAUUUGGGGGGAAGUUUGUGAGCUUUUGGCUCAUUCUGGCAUUUUUAACCCAUGUAUAAACAUUUGUUUUAUUAAUUUGCUCUGUCCUCUUCUUAAAUAAACUGAAUAGAAUUGAACUUUCA